AUGACACCGGUAUUCAUCAGAUUGAUAUAUUCAGACGUGAAAUCAAGGAAUAGAUCUCAUGAUUCGAUCAAACAAGAUGAAGCAGCUCAAUCUAGUGCUGAGUUUGAAAUAGAGUGGAUAAGAUCUAGGAAGUUUUUCUAUGGGAGUAUCUUCUCAGAAUUUCAGAGGAUGAAGAAUUUUCGGAAAAUAAAUAUGAAUAGAUCGACAAAUAAAAUGAAUGACGAAAUGAUUGCAGAUACUCAUGAGAAUGAUGGAAGAAACUCUGAAAUGAUCGUGAUUACUUCUAAAAUAAAGGAAUUAUCUCUAAAGCCAGAUGAAAUACCUUCCGAAGUUGCCCUUGAAGAAAGCACAGUGCCAUUUCUUACAAACAAACAGUUAUCGUGCAUCGAAGCUAAUGAUGGCGAAGUUGCAUCAACUUCUGGAAUAAAUGAAAUGGCAUACAAAAUAGAAGAAAUGGAUUCUGAAGCUCAAGCAAAAAUAGAAUCUAAGAAAGCAAAUAUUACACAAACUAUAAUAAAAUCCAUAAUUACAAGUAGCGAUUCUGUGCAAAAGGUCAAUCAAAUAGCUCUAAGAAAUGCUAAACUAUUAUUACAUGACAUUCGUCAAAAGAAAGAAAUCGGUGAGAAAAUGAAAUCCAACAAUUUACUCACAGAGGAACAAUCACAAUCCUUGGAAGAUGAAUUUAAUUCCUAUAUUAGAUUCGCCUGUGACAUAAAAGAUUACAUUUAUAAUUUAAUCCAGCAUGUAGAUGUAAUCGCUUCAUAUGUAAAGCUGAGCGAAAAGAAAUUGCUGUCAAAUAAAGAUCAAGCGGUUCAACAUCUAACUUAUUUUGAAAAUCAACUUUGCGGACAUCUUUUAAGUUUUUACGAAAUUGCUCUUGCAUGCGAAAAAGCGCGAGAAAUGUUUGAAAAAACGAAGCAUGAACCGAUUGCUACAUCCAUUACUCCCGAAUCGAUUGAAUAUGAAAGCAUGUUUAUCAAUCAUUUGUUAAAUUUUGUAGCCUUAUCACCAACUUUUGAAACAGCUUGGGAUGCUAGUGAUGCAUAUCUUGACAUAUUGCAUUGCUUGUUCAUUUUGUUGGUCGAUGUCGAAAAUGUUCCGGACAAUUCUCUUCAAGGAUCUAAUCUUGCUUUUUUCAAUAAAUUCAAUGUCAAAACUCUUCAUGAAACUCUGAUGAGUACCAAUGUGUCCCAAAAAAAUGUUGCUACAAUGCCAAAAAAAUCCAAAGUUCAAAUUCCGGAACAAAUCACUUCGGAAGAAACAACCACUCCAAUAGCAACACCGGAAAAUAAAACGAAAGUAUCACCGAAAAAUAAGACAAAAGGAAAAACAAAUGUAUGA